AUUGUAUGGUCCGGCUCUGAUGACCUGUUAAACGAAUAUUAGUCUAAGGAAAAUGGAAGAGGCUCAUUUGUAGGUGAAGCAGACAAAUUGUCUAGUUUCCUCUUGUGGUUUCCAUUUAUACCAGCCCACUCAAGACAUGACCAGGUCAAUAAUGAAGCUUCGAUCUUACCUCACAGCUGAAAAUCAUUUCUUAUACUAAUUCUUUCUCCUCCAACAACAGCUUGAGAAACCAAAAUCAAGUUGACUAGCCAUGUCAAAACUCCCCCAAGACAUUAUUGUUGAUAUCCUUUCCUACUUGCCAGUCAAGUCUCUUGUUAGAUUCAAGUGUGUGUGCAAGCCAUGGCAGUCGUUAAUCUCCGACCCUCGAUUCGUCAAGUUGCAUCUCAAACGGGCAAUUGAAGGCAACAAUAUUAACCGCCAAAGGCUCCUUGUUGCGGCCGAGCCUCUUUAUAGUUCUGUAGACUUUGAAGCAGCUAGUGAUGGUGAUGACAUUAAUGCAGUAAUGGAGCUUCCUUAUCCUAGCGCAGCAAGUCGUACUGAAUCCUUCGCUUUUGCAUCGAUCCGGGGAUCUUGUGAUGGUUUAGUAUGUAUACGUAAUGGAGGUGACGUUCACGAUAUGUUUUUAUGGAAUCCAUCUACUAGAGAGUCCAAGAAAUUGCCAAAACCAAGUUCUUAUGUGCAGAAAGAUGGUUUCCUUACUGGACUUGGUUAUGAUUCAACUAUCGACGAUUACAAAUUAGUAAUUGCCUGCUUAACUACUGCCAAUGGUUCUCACAAAAUUAUGGCGCCUGAAGUCUUCACCCUCAAAACCAAUUCAUGGAGAAGAAUUCAAGGCAUCCAUUCUGGUAUCACCUUGGAAGGAGGUGCAGGAGUAUUUUGGAACGGGGCUUUGUAUUGGUUAGGGAAGCAAGAAACAGGUGCUGAUCAUGAUGUGAAUGCUAUUUUUUCGCUUGACGUAGCACACGAGAAGUUUAGGGGUUUUGUGCCACUUCCGAACCAUUUUUGUACAGCUGUUUUGAGCAUCUCAGGAAAUUGCUUGUGCAUUUUUGGCAAACUGCAUCCUGAUGAAAGCUACUUCGAGGCAUGGAUAACAAGUGAAUAUGGAGUCAAGACAUCUUGGAGAAGACGGUUUUCUAUUCCUUUUGAUAGAUUAUAUAUUGAUUAUUUUUCAACAGAAACGUGCUUGACGAAGAAAGGAGUUUUAAUGGACCAUCAUGGAUGUCCAGGGACAUUGCAGCUUUACAACCCAGUUGAAGAUGCAACAAAGUUAUUAAGAGUAAAAAACGAUGGGGAUCCCAUUUAUGAUUCUGCUGUAUAUACAGAAAGCCUUGUCUCACUACGAUAAAUCUAGAAUGUUAAAGAACAUAAAGCAGCAAAAUAAAGCUACAGAUCAAGCUGUUUCUUCUUUCAUUUCUAUGCAC